GCGAUGGCCGAGCAGGACGGCGCCCGCAACGGCGCGCGCAACCGCGGCGGCGUCCAGCGCGUGGAGGGCAAGCUGCGCGCCAGCGUCGAGAAGGGCGACUACUACGAGGCGCACCAGAUGUACCGGACGCUCUUCUUCAGGUACAUGUCCCACAGCAAGCAUGUGGAGGCCCGUGAGCUCAUGUACUCUGGAGCCCUGCUGUUUUUCAGCCAUGGCCAACAAAACAGUGCCGCAGACCUGUCCAUGCUCGUCUUGGAGUCGCUGGAGAAGGCGGAGGUGGACGUGACCGAGGAGUUGUUGGAGAACCUGGCCACCGUGUUUAGCCUGAUGGACCCCAAUUCUCCAGAGCGAGUGGCUUUUGUGUCCCGAGCCCUCAAAUGGUCCAGCGGAGGCUCCGGGAAGCUGGGCCAUCCCCGACUCCACCAGCUGCUGGCCCUCACGCUAUGGAAAGAACAGAACUACUGUGAGUCGCGGUACCAUUUCCUGCACUCCACGGACGGGGAGGGCUGUGCCCACAUGCUGGUCGAGUACUCCACCUCGAGGGGCUUCCGCAGCGAGGCCGACAUGUUCGUGGCCCAGGCUGUCCUACAGUUCCUCUGUCUGAAGAACAAGAACAGUGCGCUGGUGGUCUUCACGACGUACACGCAGAAGCACCCGUCCAUCGAAGGCGGGCCCCCCUUCGUGCAGCCCCUGCUCAACUUCAUCUGGUUCCUGCUGCUGGCGCUCGACGGCGGGAAGCUGGCCGUGUUCACAGUGCUGUGUGAGCAGUACCAGCCGUCGCUGCGGAGAGACCCCAUGUAUAAUGAGUACCUCGACAGGAUAGGACAGCUUUUCUUCGGGGUGCCACCCAAGCAGACGUCAUCCUACGGGGGCCUGCUCGGGGACCUGCUGAGCAGCCUCAUGGGCUCCUCGGAGCAGGAGGAGGGCGAGGACAGCCCCUGCGGUGGCAGCCCCAUCGAGCUGGACUGAGCGCGGCCUGCGUGCAGGCGCCACGUGGAUGCCCGAGGGACGUGCCGGGCAAGGACCUGCAGCGUGGCUCCUCGCACCCAUGGGUGCCUGGUCGGAGGCCGGGGGUGCCCGUGUGGUGUCUGUGGGGGUGUCAGGUGGCCAAGGGCUGUGCAGCUGCCCAUGCUGUGCGGCCGAGCCUGCUGCCGCCACCGCGUCCCCUCCGAUGACCCGCAAUAAAGCACAGGCCUUGCCAUGGCGCCUCCCUCUCCCGCUGCUUUGUUUCUGGUUCUGUGGGGCGGGCAGAGGGACCGGCUGGGCCUGCGUCCCACGCCUGGUGCCCUGCCGGGGCCUGGGAGGCAGCGGCCGCUCAGGUGUGUGGGCUGCCUAUGGCCUGCAAACUAAAGUUUUCUUCAUCCUGUUUUUGUUGGAUGCCUGGGGUCUUGCUGGUGCCCAUGGACAGAACCCGGAAGCUGGAGCACCAAGCUCAGGCUGGGCAGUGGCUGGUCAGCCUGGGGCUCCCCGGGGUGCCUGGAUGGAUUUUUUUCCUGGGCACUGGUGGCCCUCUGAGCAGGGCAGGAAGUGCAGACGUCCAAGCCACGGAGCUGAGGUGCCGACGGGACGUGGAAGCCCGCCUGCCGGUCGAGGGCUCUGGAUGCCAGCCGCGGCCCCAGAGGCAGCGGGCAGCUGGGGGAGCGUGGAGGCCUGUGUCAAUAUGCGUGUAAAUAAACCUGUGCACCAGG